CCCGGCCUGCCUGCACCUCUGCCUGCACUCCCCAUGGGGACGGGUCCCUGGCCGUGGGCACAGGUUGAAGGAGGAAUGGACUACAAAGCCAAGGCUGUUGUAGGUCUCCUGGCAGCCACCUGUGUCUUCAGCAUCAUUGCCCUCAUUCUGAGUGUCGUGAAUGUGAAGGAUGUGUUUCUGCCUCCCAGCACCAAGUAUGGUCUGGUGUUUGAUGCGGGCUCCACGCACACGGCUCUCUACAUCUACCAGUGGCCUGCAGACAAGGAGAAUGGCACUGGCAUUGUCUCCCAGGUGGAAGCCUGCACUGUGUCUGGACCUGGCAUCUCCAGCUACGCAGACAAUGCCACUGGGGCUGGAGCCAGCCUGAAGCCCUGCCUGGACAAGGCCAUGACGAUCAUCCCGGCAGAGCAGCAGCGGGAGACCCCCACCUACCUGGGGGCCACAGCGGGCAUGCGGCUGCUGAGGGAGCAGAACAGCACCAAGGCCGAGCAGGUCUUCGCUGAGGUUGCCAAGGCCAUUGGCGAGUACCCUGUGGACUUCCGCGGAGCUCGGAUCCUCACGGGGAACGAGGAGGGGUCCUUUGGCUGGAUCACCGUCAACUACCUGCUGGAGACGCUCGUCAAGUUUUCCUUUGCAGAGAAAUGGGAACAUCCACAGGACACUGAGGUUCUCGGAGCUCUGGACCUUGGAGGUGCCUCGACACAAAUAACCUUCCAGCCUGAAGUCACCAUUGAGGACAAGAACACAUCUGUCUUCUUCAGGCUGUACGGCACCAACUACUCACUCUACACCCACAGCUACCUCUGCUACGGGCAGACACAGGCCUUGAAGAUGCUGCUGGCAGCUCUCCACCAGGGCAGCCCGUCUCCCCAGCAGAUAUCACACCCCUGCUACCCCAAGGGAUACCAGGAGAACAUCACCACGGCAGACCUCUACAACAGUCCCUGUGUCCGUGCACCAAGCACACCCAGCCCUGCACAGGUCCUCACGGUGAUGGGGACAGGGGACCCAGCAGCAUGCACCACUGCCAUCCAGAAACUCUUCAACUUCAGCUGUGGGGCCAACAGGACGUGCGGGUUCAAUGGGGUUUAUCAGCCGCCUGUGCGGGGACAGUUCUUCGCCUUCGCUGGGUUCUACUACACCUUCCACUUCCUGAACCUGACAAGCAAGCAGUCUCUAAAUGACAUCAACUCCACGAUCCAGACCUUCUGCCAGAAGAACUGGACAGAGCUGGUGGAGAACUUUCCGCAGGAGAAGGGGUACCUACACACAUACUGCUCUGUGGGGAUUUACAUCUUGACGCUGCUGCUCGAUGGCUACAAGUUCAACGAGCACACAUGGAGCAGCAUCCACUUCAGCCAGCAGGCAGCAAACACAGACAUCGGAUGGACACUGGGCUUCAUGCUGAACUUCACCAACAUGAUCCCCACAGAGGCUCUGGAACAUGUCAAGGGGCACCAGCCUGGUCUGUGGGCAGGUGCCAUCUCUUUCAUUGUGCUGGCCAUAGUGGCAGGCCUGGUGGCUGUUUUCCUCCAGUGUUUCUGGAACACCAAGUAGCUCCCAGCCUCCUGACUAGAGGAAUCCUGCCCACUAAACUAGGCAGGGAAGUGGUGCAAAAGAAGGUGGAAG